GCACACUACGCUCCUUGCAGCUGUUAAAAAGUAGAGAAGAAAAUUAUCAGUUUAAAAAUAAAAAAUAAAUAAAAAACCAGAAGAAUCUUAGCUGGAUACACCACUUUUCUUCUCUCCCCCACCUUUUCAUUUUUCACCACUACCUUUCUUUCUCUUUCUCAGGAAGAACAACAAAAGUCCCCACAAAUCACUCACCUUCUUCUUCAUCCUUCCCUCUCUCUCUCUCUCUCCGCCCAUUGUUGCAGACGCACAAUGCCCACUUCUUCUUCCUUCUUCUUCAUCUUCUGCUUCCUGCUCUUGUUCGAUUGUUUCUCCUCUCAGUACAUUUCUGGCCGUAGGAUUCUUCAUCAGCCCUUCUUCCCUUUAGACUCUCUUCCUCCUUCUCAACCUCCUUCUCUCCCUCCGCCUGCUCCUUCAGCCACUACUUCUGCAACUUCUACCACUAAUACUACUCCCAAGAUCCCUUUUUCUUCCACUUCUACCCCUAAUAACUCUCCCUUUUUCCCAUCCUACCCUGUCUCUCCUCCCCCUCCUCCCCCCGUCACUUUUGCCUCUUUCCCUGCCAACAUCUCCUCUCUCAUCCUCCCCCAUUCCUCCAAGCCCAAAUCAUCUUCUCCAAAACUCCUGAUUGUUGCAAUCGCCGCCGUGAUCUCCGCCACUCUCGUUGCCGGCAUUACUGUCUUUCUCUAUUGCCGCAGGCGUGGGCAGAAGCAGGCUCAUUUCACCGACGACAGUAAGACUUUCACGUCGGAUAACAGCCACAGAGUGUUCCAACCGCCUCCGGUUGCUGAGAUCAGAACGAGUGGCAACAAGGUUAGAGCAACCUCCAGCACUAGCUCCGAGUUCCUUUAUCUAGGCACUUUGGUAAGUUCACGUAGUAUCGAUGAGAGUUCCAAUUCGCGCAACAAUGGAGGAAAUGUUAAUGCAGGGUCAGAUUCGAGGAAGUUGGAAUCGCCGGAGCUCAGGCCGUUGCCCCCACUUUCGAGACAAAGUUUCAGGCAGAAUUACGACGUGGAUUCGGGCAGGACCGAGGAUGACGAGGAGUUCUACUCGCCGAGAGGGUCACUGGGAGGUCAAGAGAGCUUGAGUGGAACUGGAUCCGCCUCCAGGAGAGCCUUCGCUGGAGCCUUCGCGGGACUUGCAUGUGAGGAUUCUGGAGUUAAAAACAGCGAGUCCAGUACUUGCUCCUGCUCGUCUUCUAGUUCGGGCUCACCGGCUAGGUCCCACUCGGUUAGCAUUUCUCCACCAGUGAGUUUGAGCCCGCGAAGAUCAGAGCCGAAAUCGCCGGCUCCUCACCCAGCUUCAUUGCUUCAGCACGGGGAUUCUCCCCAAAGAGUUUCGGAGAGGAAUUCAGAUGCAUCACGGAGGAUAUCGGACGCUUCAGAUCGAAAUGCGCGGUCUCCUUUAACUUCUCUGCCUUCCACCUCACCGGAUAGAGAUUUUGUGAAGAAUCCAGAUGAAUAUCAUGCAGUACCCAUCAUUUCGGAUGAAAAAGUUACAUCCCCUUUACUAUCUUACGAGUCAAGUUCACCUGUUAAAGGUUCGGACAAGAAUCCAGAUGUAUCUCUGAGAAUACUGAGUGAUUUGAACAGAAAUGUGCAGUCUCCUUGUCUAUCUUCUCAUUCACAUUCACCAGAUAGAGGUUUGCAGAAAGACCCAGACCCAUACUUGGUCAGAAAUAUAAGGUCUUCUUCGCAAUCUUCAGUUUCUACAUCACCGGAAAAAGAUUUUCUGAGCAUCCGGAAUGCACCUUCCGCAAUACGGAAGUAUUUAAAACGAAAAUUGCAGUCCCCAUUGCUAUCCUCGGCUUCUACAUCACCAGGGCGAGGUCUGGAGGGAAAAUCUGAUGAGUCUCCGAGAACAUCUGUUGUUGCAGACAGAAACCUGCGGUCUCCUUCACUGUCUUCCUCAGUUUCUUCUUCACCAGAAAGAGUUGCUAACAGAAGCCAAUCUUCAUCCCCCGGAGAUUUUAAUCACAACAGGCCGUCUCCUUUGGCAUCUCCACUUCGUUCAUCACCUGAUCGGGGUUUGGAGAGUAGUCCAGAUAGAUCACCAAGAUUAUCGAAUGUUACAGAUGGAUCACCAGAUAGAGUCUCUGACAAAAGCGCAGCUGCGUCUCUAGUAGUUUCAGAUCGCAAUAGGCAGUCGCCUUUGGCAUCUCCACUUCAUUCAUCACCUGAUAGGGGUUUUGAGAAUAGUCGAGAUGGAUCACCAAGAUUAUCGAAUGCCACAGAUGGAUCACCGGAUAGAGUCGCUAACAGUAGCGCACUUGCAUCUCCUGUAGUUUCGAGCCGCAAUAGACAGUCUCCUUUAGCAUCUCCACUUCAUUCAUCACCUGAUCGGGGUUUGAAGAAUAGUCCAGAUGGAUCACCAAGAUUAUUGAAUGUUUCAGAUCAAAACCUUCAGACUCAAGUGGCAAACAGCAAUCUUUCGAAGCAGCCAAUUUCAGUGCCGCCGCCACCACCACCACCUCCUCCUCCAAUUUUGCCUCAAAGAAACUCAGAAAGUCCAAACCCAUCGACACCAAUCGAUCAGCUCAUUCCCAAGCCGCCUCCUCUUAUACCACCAUCCAGGCCCUUCGUAAUCCAAAACCCAUCAAAUGUUUCUCCAGUUGAGUUGCCACCAAGUUGUGUUACAGCGGACCCGAUUGAGGAGACUCCUAAACCCAAGUUGAAGCCAUUACAUUGGGAUAAAGUUAGAGCCAGUUCUGAUCGUGAGAUGGUCUGGGAUCAUCUGCGAUCCAGCUCUUUCAAAUUAAACGAGGAGAUGAUCGAAACAUUGUUUGUUGUAAACACCCCAACUCCUAAAUUAAAGCAAACAACUCCUUGGUCAGUUAUUCCACCGUCAAACCAAGAGAACAGAGUAUUAGAUCCAAAGAAGGCUCAAAAUAUUGCCAUCCUGCUAAGAGCACUCAAUGUCACAAUAGAGGAAGUUUGUGAGGCACUCCUUGAAGGCAAUCCAGAAACACUUGGAACUGAACUUCUAGAAAGUUUACUGAAGAUGGCUCCAACCAAAGAAGAAGAAAGGAAGUUGAAGGAUUACAAAGACGAUUCACCAAUUAAGCUUGGUCCUGCUGAGAAAUUUCUUAAGGCAGUGAUUGACAUACCUUUUGCAUUUAAAAGAGUGGAUGCAAUGCUUUACAUGGCAAACUUUGAAUCCGAGGUUGACUACCUGAAAAGGUCAUUUGAAACCCUAGAGGCUGCUUGUGAGGAGCUUAGGAACAGUAGGAUGUUUCUGAAGCUGCUAGAGGCUGUGCUCAAGACUGGCAACCGCAUGAAUGUUGGGACAAACCGUGGUGAUGCUCAGGCCUUCAAACUUGAUACGCUUCUCAAGCUUGUAGAUGUCAAGGGUGCAGAUGGGAAAACCACACUCUUGCACUUCGUUGUACAAGAAAUCAUAAGAGCUGAAGGUGCUCGCCUUUCGAGUAGUGGCCAAGCUCCAAACUCUGCAUUGAAUGAUGAUGCAAAAUGCAGGAGGCUUGGUUUGCAAGUUGUUUCAAGUCUUAGUUCAGAGCUCACCCACGUAAAGAAAGCUGCUGCCAUGGAUUCUGAUGUGCUUGGCAGUGAGGUCUGCAAGCUUUCUAGAGGCCUGGGGAAUAUCAAUGAGGUUGUGCAACUGAAUGAAACAAUGGGAUCAGAUGGAAGCCGUCAGAAAUUCUCAGAAUCGAUGAACAGAUUUAUGAAAAUAGCUGAGGAGGAGAUUAUAAGAAUUCAGGCCCAUGAGAGUGUUGCUCUGUCUCUUGUAAAAGAAAUAACAGAGUACUUCCACGGGAACUCGGCAAAAGAAGAAGCUCAUCCGUUCAGAAUAUUCAUGGUGGUUAGAGACUUACUUACAAUUCUCGAUCGGGUGUGUAAGGAAGUCGGAAUGAUAAACGAACGGACAAUAGUUAGUUCUGCCCAUAAAUUUCCAGUCCCAGUGAAUCCUACAUUGCCACAAGUAUUUCCUGUCUUCCCCGGAAGACAGCAAUGUUGUUCUUCUGAUGAAGAGAGCACAUCUCACUAGGGUUCUUGGCUCAAAACUAUCACAAAUUGGUGGUUUGGAGAGGUUGAAGCUUGUGUGGAAAUAGCUGCUAGGUUGAUGUAAUUUAUUAAUUUUUUUUUUCAAUUUGUAUCUGUAUAAAUCCUUGUAAAAGAUUUUGGGAAUGGUUUUGUCUCAUAGGUAAUAUACAGAGGCGACUUUCUUUUGGAAGAAUAAGACAGUCUACUGUAUUAGGCGGAUGUCUUGUAAAGUUGUAAGCCUGUUAUAAAUCAUGAA